UCUAUGAGUCGAAAUAAGACGAGGUGUGUGUGAUUUAAAAAAUAUUUAAUUUUCGAUUACUGAACUCGGAGCGCAAUAAUUACGAUUAAUGGGAAAUUUGCACCACAAGAGCAGUGAAAACCGGAACCAGAAGAAUUCAGUGCACGCGCGAGACGGCCAAGCAUUUACGAGUCAGUUCAGUUUUUCCCACUUCGUCGGCAAUCUCAGUGGACGGUCCUUCGCCAGCGUAACGAGCAGCCAGUCAGUUUAUAGCGCAUCACGGCCUUGGUCUCGGAUCUCUAGGCGAAGAUGGAAUGACUCAACAUUAAGGAAUCCAUUGGAAGCAAGUAAAACAGCUUGGCCAGUUGCACACAAAGAAUCAAUAUUCCUGCCAGAAUUCCCUAUUACCACAGAUCUUUUGCAGAAAGAUUUUGAAAUAAUUGCAAGUAUUGCAAAAGGCGCUUUUGGUGAAGUCUUGAAAGUCAAAAAACUAAGUGAAAACAAGGAGUAUGCAUUAAAAGUUCUACAUAAAGGACAGAUAGUAAGCGAAAAUGCGGUGAGGCAAGUGAAAGAAGAAGCACGUAUCCAAGCGGCGGUGGGACACCACAUUUUCAUAGCCGGAGCAGUGUCGCGGUGGCAGACUAAGAAAAGACUGUAUAUUGUUUCAGAAUACAUUCCUGGCGGCGAGCUGUUAGCUUUAUUAGAUAAGUACUCUAAGUUACCAGAGGAGCUUGUAAAGAUAAUCUUAGCGGAGAUUGCUAUUGCUAUAGAUUUCUUGCAUAACGCAGGCGUGAUAUAUCGAGAUCUCAAACCGGAAAAUAUCCUACUAGAUUCAGACUAUCAUAUACAACUGGUGGACUUUGGACUCUCCAAGUGGCUGUCAAUAGGAUCACGUACAACCACACUGUGCGGCACACUAAAAUAUAUGGCCCCAGAAGUAGUUCAGCGGGAGCCAUAUGGUCAUGCAGCGGAUUGGUGGUCUCUAGGCGUCCUUACCUGCCGGAUGCUUACCGGGGAGUAUCCGACGCCUGCGGUCAACGUACCAGCAAUACGCGACAGAAUGGGGCAGAAUGCUAUUUCGGCAACCGUUACUACUUCAGAGGGCAGCAGUGCAUCAAAUGACAGUAUCAAGGGACAACUGCUGAACAUUAUCCUGCCUACGCCAGGCUCCUUGCCGGAAAGUGCUAAUCAGUUAGCAAAGCCAGCAAGAGCCCUUUUGAUGCGAUUAUUAGAAAAAGAUCCUAAAGUGCGUCUGCGAAACCUUCGUCAGUUACAGCAAUCCGCGUUUUAUUUAGGAUUUAAUUUCGAACGCAUUAAGUCUAAGAAGAUGUCACCAAAAUGUGUCUUGGAAAACCAUCUGGCCAGUAAGAGCUCUGCUGAUCUAUACAAUGCAAAAAACAUAAAGAAACAGGAAUUUAUUGAGUUUGAUCAAGAAGCAGUUCUAUUAUAACUAAUAAUAGUAAUACGUGUGUAUUAUUACGUAAUAUCUUCAGAAAUGUAAGAUUUCGUUUUUAGAAUCUCAAUUAAAA